AUGGCAAAGCCUGGUGGACGGUUGAAAUGCCAAUAUUUUCCAACUGUAGAUAAAGUUAUAUUUGUGGAUGAUUAUGCAGUGGGCUGUCGGAAAGAUUUAAAUGGUAUUUUAUUACUAGACACUGCACUUCAAACUCCAGUCGGUAAACCAGAUGAUGUGGUCCAGCUUGAAUUGCCAGUUACGGAGGUGCAGCAGUUGUUGUCUGCGUGCUUGGAGAAAAUUGAUGUGUCUAGUGCAGAAGGCUAUGAUUUGUUCAUUAUGCAGCUGAAAGAUGGCUUUAAAAAUACCUCACAUGAGACUGCAGCAAAUCAUAAGGUUGCCAAGUGGGCGACUGUCACAUUUCAUCUUCCUCAUCAUGUGUUAAAGUCUGUGACUGGUGCCAUUGUAAAUGAGCUGAAGAAAAUAAAUCAAAACGUUGCUGCACUGCCUGUAGCCUCUUCUAUAAUGGACAGACUGUCUUAUCUGCUGCCUAGUGCCAGGCCAGAGCUUGGUGUUGGGCCUGGUCGGUCUGUAGAUCGGUCCUUGAUGUAUAGUGAAGCAAACAGGCGAGAGACCUUCACAUCAUGGCCUCAUGUUGGUUACAGAUGGGCUCAGCCAGAUCCCAUGGCUCAAGCCGGUUUUUAUCAUCAGCCCGCAUCCUCAGGAGAUGAUCGUGCAAUGUGUUUUACUUGUAGCGUAUGUUUAGUCUGUUGGGAACCUACUGAUGAACCUUGGUCAGAGCAUGAGAGGCAUUCUCCAAAUUGUCCAUUUGUGAAGGGUGAACACACGCAGAAUGUACCCCUAUCCGUCACCCUUGCCACAUGUCCUGCCCAGUUCCCUUGCACAGAUGGCACUGAUCGAAUAACCUGUUUUGGGGUGGGGAAUUGUCCUCACUUUCUAGCUGCAGCAACAAAAAGAGGCAAAAUCUGUGUCUGGGAUGUCUCAAAACUCAUGAAGGUGCACUUAAAAUUUGAGGUAAACCCAUAUGACCCUGUUAUCGUUCAGCUAUUGGUUCUCUCUGGAGAUUCCACUACCACAGUAGAACCUCCGAGGCCGACAUUGGCAUGGUUAGAAGGUUCAUCCAGCUGUUCUGAUAUCCCAAAAUUAGAAGGUGACAGUGAUGAUCUGUUGGAUGAUUCAGAUAGUGAAGAGCGUUCCAGGUCUGAUUCCGUAACAGGGCACACAUCUCAGAAGGAAGCUCUGGAGAUGAGUCUGGACAUAACGGCUCUUGGUAUAAUCCAACAGCCAGAGAAGCUACAGUGGGAGAUUGUUGCUAAUGUUCUUGAAGAUACUGUAAAGGAUUUAGAAGAACUUGGGGCAAAUCCUUCGUUAAUGAGUUGUAAAAGUGAAAAGACCAAGGAGAAGCACUUGGAGCAGCACAACAUUCCUUUUCCCUGCCUACUGACUGGUGGUUUAUUAACAUACAAAUCCCCAGCUUCCUCCCCUACUAGUAGCAAUUCUCGUAGGUCACUUGAUGCUUUAAGCAGGACUCCAGGUGAGAGCUCCUCAGAGCAGGGUUCCACCGACAAUGAAUCUGGCACGAACUCUGAUCUUAAUUCUCCUAUGGUAAAAAGGACUCUACCUGUGUUGUUGCUGUACAGCAUUAAAGAGGCUGAUGAAAAAGCAGGGAAACUAUUUUCUCAGAUGAACAAUAUUAUGAGCAAAAGUUUACAUGAUGAUGGAUUUACUGUUCCACAGAUUAUUGAGAUGGAGCUGGAUAACCAGGAACAGUUGCUUCUUCAGGACCCACCCGUCACCUAUAUACAGCAAUUUGCUGAGGCCACUGCCAAUCUGACAUCCCCUGACACAGAUAAAUGGACAUCUAUGGCUCCCAAGCCUGGAACACUUGUGCAAUGCAUGCGGCUGCCUAAAUUUGCGGAGGAGGAAAAUCUUUGUGUAGAUUCCAUUAUUCCUUGUGCUGAUGGCAUCCAUCUUUUAGUAGGUUUACAGAAAUGCCCUGCAGAGUCCUUGAGUGCAAUAAAUCAAGUAGAAGCCUUGAAUAAUUUAAACAAAUUAAAUUCUGCUCUUUGUAGUAGGAGAAAAGGAGAAGCUGAACAUAGCCUUGGAGCUGUAAAUGGAACAAGUAUUAAUGUUAUCCCCUGUGAGUCUUCAUCAGAUGUUCAUGAUCCUUUAAUAAUUCAGCCAGACCAGAGAAGUGUUAGUGGUGGAUACCUGUUGAUAUAUAAAAUGAAUUAUACCACCAGGAUAGUGACUUUAGAGGAGCAGCCAGUAAAGAUCUUGCAUAUUAAAGACCCUCAGGAUGCACUUACCUCACUUAUUUUAUUACAACCUGAUAUUUUAGAUAACAGAGAGGAUGAGUGUGAGGAAUCCUCUGAAGAUGCCCCUCUUACUCCUAAAAAUCUCAUCAGUAAAGAGAAGAAAUCCGAUUUGCUGAGCUUGGGACAUUUAGUAGUAACGACUCAAAGUGGAUUUGUUAAAAUCCUAGAUCUUUCUACCUUCGAGGUCAUGGCUAGGGUUGAUCCACCAAAGAAGGAAAGCACAGACGAAGUGGACCCCUUUGUUUCAGUUGUGUACUGUUCGGGCACUGAUCGACUAUGUGCCUGUACUAAAGGUGGUGAACUUCAUUUUCUUCAAAUUGGAGGAACUUGUGAUGAUCUUGACGAGACCGAUAUUCUUGUUGAAAACACUCUUACAAAGGGUGUGGAACAGUUAGCAGAAGGUAUCAAGCCGAUGUCAAACCCAUCCAGUCCUGGCAUCACAGGUGUUGAGCUCCUAGUGGAACAGCCUUUCUCGUUGGAAAUGUUGACCUGUUUAGUGGAACUAACUCGCUUUGAGACCUUGAUUCCAAGGUUUUCUGCAACAGUACCACCGUGUUGGGUUGAAGUCCAGCAGGAGCAACAGCAAAGGCGCCAUCCACAGCACUUACACCAGCAGCACCAUGGCGAUGCAGCUCAGCACACCCGUACUUGGAAACUGCAGCAUGACAGCACUAGUUGGGAUGAACAUGUCUUUGAACUGGUUUUACCGAAAGCCUGCAUGGUGGGACACGUGGACUUUAAGUUUUUAUUAAACUCGAAUAUCACAAACAUUCCACAAAUUCAAGUGACAUUACUUAAAAACAAAGCUCCAGGAUUGGCCAAAGUCAACGAAGCCCCUGUAGAUAGGCCUAUUUCCUUUCCGUUGUCUCCUGCCUUCAGUGUGGAAGUUCAGAGAAAUGGAAAACCUACCCUGGUUGAUUUAAGUGAGGACAUGCAAAGCAUGGAAGUAGAUGACGCACUAAGCCCAAGGUUGUGUCCAUUUUUAGAAGAGCACAAAGAAGAUAUCUUAUGUGGCCCUGUUUGGCUAGCAAGUGGCCUUGAUCUGUCCGGUCAUGCUGGUAUGCUAACAUUAACCAGUCCUAAACUUGUAAAAGGCAUGGCUGGUGGCAAAUACCGUUCGUUUUUAAUUCAUGUGAAGGCUGCAAAUGAUAGAGGAGUAGAGGACCUGUGUAAUGGAGCCCGGCCAGUUGUACGGAUACCUUCAUUGAAGCCACAAAGUGUGAAAGGGCAUUCUCUUGCCUCAUUACUGGCUAAGGUUGUUCCAGGCAAGGAUAAGUCUGCAGCAAAAAUUGAUGCCGGCACAUCUUCACGGAAAGUUGAUAACCUCAGGGGAUGUGACCUGCUUCAGGAAGUUUCUGUCACCAUAAGACGCUUCAAAAAGACAUGUAUCCCAAAAGAAAGAGUGCAACGAUGCGCCAUGCUGCAGUUCUCAGAUUUUCAUGAGAAGCUCCUGAACACGCUUUGUAAAAAUACGGAUGAUGGACUGGCUACUGAACAUGCACAGAGCUUAGUUUUGGACAUCCUCUGCUGGUUAGCUGGUGUACAUUCGAAUGGUCCAGGCAGUUUAAGGGAAGGAAAAGAGAGCCUGCUGUCUAAAACACGGAAAUGUCUAUCUGAUAUUGUCCACACUUGUUUUUUUGAGGCGGGAAGAAGUAUUGCUCACAAAUGUGCACGAUUCUUGGCUCUCUGUAUUAGCAAUGGCAAAUGUGAUCCAAAUCAACAGGGUUUUGGCUAUGUCCUUUUGAAGGCUUUGCUGGAGAACAUGACUUAUCUGCCUUCUGCUGCCACUGGAGGUGCGGUUUAUUGGUAUUUUGUCCUGCUGAAUUAUGUUAAAGAUGAGGAUCUAGCUGGUUGCAGCACAGCCUGUGCAUCCCUUCUCACAGCUGUGUCAAGACAGUUGCAAGACAGACUAACACCCAUGGAAGCUUUGCUGCAGACCAGAUAUGGGCUGUACAGUUCUCCAUUUGAUCCUGUGUUGUUUGAUUUGGAAGUCAGCGGCUCUUCAUGUAAAAAUGUGUAUAACAGCAGCUCUGGUAUACAGUCAGAUGAGAUUGACCUUUCUGAUGUUCUCCUAGGUAAUGGAAAAGUUAACAGUUGCACAGCUGCAGAGGGCAGUUUUACAUCUUUGACUGGCCUUCUAGAGGUAGAACCAUUGCAUUUUACUUGCGUAUCAACCAGUGAUGGAACCAGAAUAGAGAGGGAUGAUGCAAGUACGUUCACUGUGAGCACGUUUGGCGUAACUCCAGCAGUGGGCGGCCUAUCAGCUGGAACCGUUGGAGAAGCCUCGACCGCUCUCAGCUCCGCAGCUCAGGUUGCUCUGCAGUCCCUCUCCCAUGCAAUGGCUUCAGCCGAGCAGCAGUUGCAAGUAUUGCAAGAAAAACAGCUGCAGCUUCUAAAGCUUCAACAACAGAAGGCAAAACUGGAGGCCAAGUUGCAUCAGACAACAGCCGCAGCUGCAGCCGCUUCAGCAGCAGGUCCUGUCCACAACUCUGUGCCUCCCAAUCCAGUGGCGGCUCCAGGAUUCUUUAUCCAUCCAUCUGAUGUUAUCCCACCCACUCCAAAAACGACUCCUCUCUUCAUGACUCCACCACUCACACCACCCAACGAAGCAGUGUCAGCUGCCAUCAAUGCAGAGCUGGCUCAGCUUUUCCCUGGCACAGUCAUUGAUUCUCCACCUGCUAUCUUGGCUUCACAUGGCAAGAAUGCUAACAAACCUAGAGGGAAUCAGCUCGGUUCAGGUCUUGCACUGGCGAUCUCUCAUGCCUCUCAUUUUCUACAGCCUCCUCCUCAUCAGUCCAUUAUUAUAGAAAGAAUGCAUUCCGGAGCCAGAAGAUUUGUGACACUGGAUUUUGGCAGACCUGUUCUCCUUACGGAUAUUCUCAUUCCUACCUGUGGUGAUCUAGCCUCCUUGUCUAUAGAUAUCUGGAGUUUGGGUGAGGAAGUGGAUGGCAGAAGACUCGUGGUUGCCACUGAUAUCAGUACCCAUUCACUAAUACUACAUGACUUGUUACCACCCCCUGUAUGCAGGUUCAUGAAGAUCACGGUUAUUGGUCGUUAUGGAAGUACAAAUGCCAGGGCCAAGAUUCCUCUAGGCUUUUAUUAUGGCCAUACCUACAUUUUACCUUGGGAGAGUGAACUGAAACUCAUGCAUGACCCACUCAGAGGUGAAAGUGAAUCGGCAAGUCAACCUGAAAUUGACCAGCAUCUGACAAUGAUGGUAGCUCUGCAGGAAGAUAUCCAGUGCAGGUAUAAUCUUGCUUGCCAUCGAUUAGAGACUCUGCUACAAAGCAUUGAUCUUCCUCCACUGAAUAGCGCUAAUAAUGCACAAUAUUUCCUGAGAAAGCCAGAUAAAGCUGUAGAAGAAGACAGCAGAGUGUUUUCUGCUUACCAGGACUGCAUACAGCUACAACUCCAGUUAAACCUGGCUCAUCAUGCCGUUCAAAGACUCAAGGUGGCCCUUGGCAUGAGCAGAAAAACACCAAGGGAGCAAUAUGAUUCUCGAGAACUUAUCCAUACAUCUUCAACUGAACAGUUGCGCACAAUUAUUCGGUACCUUCUGGACACUUUACUAAGUCUCCUCCACUCCUCCAAUGGACAUUCUGUACCAGCAGUCCUCCAGAACACUUUUCAUGCACAGGCCUGUGAAGAGCUGUUUAAACACUUGUGCAUAAGUGGAACACCAAAGAUAAGACUGCACACUGGCCUGCUCUUGGUGCAGCUCUGUGGUGCUGAAAGAUGGUGGGGCCAGUUUCUUUCCAAUGUUUUACAAGAACUAUACAACUCGGAGCAGUUGUUGAUCUUUCCUCAGGACCGAGUCUUCAUGCUACUUUCUUGUAUAGGCCAAAGAUCCCUCAGUAAUAGUGGAGUCUUGGAAAGUUUAUUGAAUCUGCUGGACAACCUUUUAUCACCUCUACAGCCGCAUUUACCUGUUUAUAGGCGUGUUGAGGGGGUCCUGGACAUUCCUAUGAUAAGUUGGGUGGUCAUGCUGGUUUCUCGUUUGCUGGAUUAUGUUGCAACUGUAGAGGAUGAAGCUGCAGCUUCAAAAAAAACCUUAAAUGGAAAGGAUAGAGAACGGUUCAUUUCAGGGAACCAGUGGAGUUUCAUUAACAAUAACCUGCACACACAGUCUCUAAACAGAUCGUCUAAGGGAAGCAGCAGUUUGGAUAGGCUGUACUCCAGGAAGAUCAGGAAACAGUUGGUUCACCACAAACAGCAACUCAACUUACUGAAGGCAAAACAGAAGGCUUUAGUAGAGCAGAUUGAAAAGGAGAAAAUACAGAGCAACAAGGGAUCAUCUUACAAGCUUUUGGUGGAACAGGCAAAACUUAAACAAGCCACUUCUAAGCACUUUAAAGAUUUGAUAAGACUGCGUCGAAAUGCAGAAUGGCCCCGAUCUGCUCAAGACACUGAAGUAUCUGCAACAAAAGAGAGCCCAGAAAUUGAACCGCUUCCUUUCACUUUGGCACAUGAGCGAUGUAUUUCUGUUGUACAGAAGCUUGCCCUCUUCCUCCUAUCAAUGGACUUCACUUGCCAUGCCGACUUACUUCUGUUUGUCUGCAAGGUACUUGCUAGGAUAGCCAAUGCUACCCGUCCCACCAUACAUUUGUGUGAAGUAGUGAAUGAGCCGCAGUUGGAAAGGCUUUUGUUAUUGCUGGUUGGUACAGAUUUCAACAGAGGAGACAUCUCUUGGGGUGGUGCCUGGGCACAAUACUCUCUGACCUGCAUGCUCCAGGAUAUUUUGGCAGGAGAGCUGUUAGCCCCUAUAGCCGCUGAAGCCCUUGACGAAGGUGCCAUGGGAGAGGAAGCUGGUGCCUCAGCUGGAGACUCUGAUGACUCCUUACAGUCCUCUGUCAUACCAUUGGUGGAAGCCGUAGAUGAGCCUUUAACACCCGACAUCACAGGUGCUCCUCCUCUAUCAUCUUUGGAUAAAGAUAAAGAAAUUGACCUUGAAUUACUGCAAGACCUGAUGGAAGUUGAUAUUGAUCCUUUAGAUAUUGAUUUGGAGAAAGAUCCCCUCGCUGCCAAAGUCUUCAAGCCAAUCAGUAGCACUUGGUAUGAUUAUUGGGGCGCUGACUAUGGAACUUACAAUUACAACCCUUACAUCGGAGGCGUUGGAAUUCCAGUGGCUAAACCAGCAGCCACUAUUGAAAAGAAUGGUACCCAGACAGUGACAGUAUCGGUAUCUCAAGCUCUAGAUGCUCGUUUGGAGGUUGGCCUUGAGCAGCAAGCAGAAUUAAUGUUGAAGAUGAUGUCCACACUUGAAGCAGAUUCCAUUCUACAAGCACUGACCAAUUCAUCUCCAACAUUAUCCCAGCCUUCCAGUGGUACAGACGACUCAUUGUUACGUGGGCUACAUGCAGCCAGUCAGACAAGCCAGCUUAUUGUUCAGUCGUCUUCCAUUCCUAUGCUGAGUGCCUGUUUCAACAAGCUGUUUUCUAUGCUGCAAGUGCAUCAUGUUCAGCUUGAGUCACUUCUACAGUUAUGGCUCACAUUGAGCCUAAAUUCUAGCUCGAAUGGAGGCAAGGAAAGUGGUGGUGAGCCUUUCUUGUAUAAUGCCAACAGAAUACCAGUCAUCAAUUUAAAUCAAGCAUCCAUUAUAAGCUUUUUAACAGUCUUGGCCUGGCAUCCAAAUACCUUGCUGCGGACAUGGUGCCUUGUGCUUCACAGCCUCACGCUAAUGACAAACAUGCAGCUGAACUCUGGACCCAGCAGCACUAUUGGAGCUCAGGAAAAUACUGCCCAGUUACUGGUAUCCGAUCCAAAUCUCCUCCAUGUCAUUGUGAAAUUCCUCUCAGGAACAAACCCUCAUGGGACCAACCAGCACAGUCCCCAGGUUGGACCUACCGCUACUCAGGCAAUGCAGGAGUUCCUGACAAGAUUACAAGUUCACCUCUCGGCUACCAGUCCUCAGAUGUUUAGUGAAUUUUUGUUAAAGCUCAUACACAUACUUUCAACAGAAAGAGGUGCUUUUCAGACUGGACAAGGACCACUGGAUGCUCAGGUGAAACUCCUAGAAUUCACUCUGGAACAGAAUUUUGAGGUGGUCUCUGUUAGCACCAUCUCAGCAGUCAUUGAAUCGGUUACCUUUCUUGUCCAUCACUACAUCACCUGUUCUGACAAAGUUGUGUCACGGAGUGGAUCAGACAGCUCUGUUGGAGCCAGGGCUUGUUUCGGAGGCCUUUUUGCAAAUAUCAUUAGACCUGGUGAUGCCAAAGCAGUUUGUGGAGAAAUGACGCGAGAUCAGCUGAUGUUUGACUUGUUAAAACUGGUAAAUAUAUUGGUUCAGCUGCCACUGACGAGCAACAAAGAGUUCAGCGCUCGUACACCUGUCGUGAGCAGCACAACAGACAGCGUUUCUGAUGAGGAGAAAGUCUAUGGAGGAAAAGACUCGAGCAGUAACUCUUCUGCUAUACAAAGCACUACCACAUAUGUGGCAGAUUUGGUGCUAGCCAACCAGCAAAUCAUGAGCCAGAUCCUCUCAGCCCUUGGUCAGUGUAACAGCAGUGCAAUGGCAAUGAUUAUUGGUGCAAGUGGUUUACAUUUAACCAAACAUGAAAACUUCCAUGGAGGGCUAGAUGCCAUUUCAGUUGGCGAUGGGCUCUUUACCAUUUUAACAACUCUUAGCAAGAAGGCUAGUACAGUUCAAGUGAUGCUGCAGCCAAUUUUAACUUAUAUGGCAUGUGGAUAUAUGGGAAGACAGGGGUCUCUUUCUACCUGUCAGCUGUCAGAGCCUUUGCUGUGGUUUAUUUUAAGAGUUUUGGACACAAGUGAGGCUUUGAAAGCCUUCCAUGAAAUGGGUGGGGUUCAACUUAUCUGUAACAACAUGGUCACCAGUACCAGAGCAAUUGUUAACACUGCCCGAAGUAUGGUCUCUACAAUCAUGAAGUUCCUUGACUCUGGUCCCAGCAAAACCUCUGAGAGCAGUUUGAAAGCAAGAGUGCUUGUUUCAGAGCCAGACAAUGCAGAAGGCAUUCACAACUUUGCUCCAUUAGGUACCAUUACAUCAAGUAGUCCAACUGCUCAGCCAGCAGAAGUCCUGCUUCAGGCCACUCCACCCCAUAGGAGAGCACGUUCUGCAGCUUGGUCAUAUAUAUUUCUACCAGAGGAAGCGUGGUGUGAUCUCACGAUCCACUUACCAGCGGCAGUACUUUUAAAGGAGAUACACAUCCAGCCCCACCUUGCAUCUCUGGCUACAUGUCCAUCAUCGGUCUCUGUGGAAAUCAGUGCAGAUGGAGUGAACAUGUUGCCUUUGUCUACACCGAUUAUUACUAGUGGGCUUACCUAUAUAAAAAUUCAGCUGGUUAAAGCAGAAGUGGCUUCAGCAGUCUGCCUACGACUUCAUCGUCCUCGGGAUGCCAGCACACUUGGCCUUUCACAGAUAAAAUUACUUGGUCUUACAGCUUUUGGAAACACUUCCUCUGCAACUGUUAACAAUCCUUUCCUUCCCUCUGAGGACCAAGUGUCUAAGACCAGUAUUGGCUGGCUAAGGCUUUUACAUCACUGUCUAACUCAUAUCAGUGAAUUGGAAGCGAUGAUGGCAAGUGCUGCAGCACCUACAGCUAACCUACUGCAGACAUGUGCUGCACUGUUGAUGUCUCCCUACUGUGGCAUGCAUUCACCCAACAUUGAAGCAGUAUUGGUUAAGAUUGGCCUGCAGUCAACUAGGAUUGGUUUACGUCUUAUUGACAUCCUUCUUCGUAACUGUGCAGCAUCUGGCAGCGAUCCUGCUGAUUUGAAUAGUCCUCUUCUUUUUGGAAGACUUAAUGGUCUCUCAUCAGAUUCCACAAUAGAUAUUCUAUACCAGCUGGGUACCACUCAAGACCCCGGAACAAAGGAUAGGAUCCAAGCACUACUGAAAUGGGUCAGCGAUUCUGCUAGAGUGGCAUCACAUAAAAGGAGUGGCCGUAGCACCUUCAUUUCACCAGGCAGCUCUUCUAGAGAGUUUGGUCUUCUUAUGCCAUCCCCCUCUCAUUUGCACUGUGUAGCAGCAAUUUUGUGGCACAGCUAUGAGCUUCCUGUUGAAUAUGACCUGCCUGGGUUGCUUAAUCGAGAAUUGUUUGAGUCCUUGCAUAACUGGUCUAUGUCUUUACCCUGCAACAUGGUAUUAAAGAAAGCUGUUGAUGGUCUUCUCUGCUCUAUGUGUCACAUUCACCCCAAUUACUUUUCAUUGCUUAUGGGCUGGAUGGGAAUUACCCCUCCACCUAUACAGUGCCAGCACAGACUGUCAAUUACAGAUGACAGCAAAAAGCAAGAUCUUAAUGCUGCUCUUACCGAUGACUCUAAAAAUGCACAAGCACCUCUCGCACUUACGGAGUCGCAUCUGGCCACACUUGCUGCUGCGUCCCAGUCUCCUGAAGCCAUCAAGCAACUGCUGGACUCUGGUUUGCCAUCACUUCUUGUUAGAAGCCUGGUGAACUUUUGUUUUACACACAUAUCUAGUUCAGACAGUGCUGCCUCUAUGGACGCCACACAAGAGCGGUUGCGGCGACAUUCUUCACUGCACUUUAGUAGGAUGCCAGUAACGGCAGACUUGGUGGCACCAAUUCUCAGGUUUCUGACUGAAGUUGGCAAUAGUCACGUUAUGAAGGAUUGGCUAGGGGGUGCCGAAGUUAACCCCUUGUGGACAGCACUUUUGUUUUUACUUUGUCAUUCUGGAGCAACUUCGGCAGGGCAUAUGAAUGGAUCUCAACAGACCAAUGCAAGGUGCACUUUACUGACUUCCACAGCAGGGAAUGGACUUACUACCCAGCAAAGAACUGCCGUGGAAAAUGCAACCGUGGCCUUUUUUUUGCAGUGCAUAUCCUGUCAUCCAAACAACCAGAGAUUAAUGGCACAGGUUCUUUGUGAGCUGUUCCAGUCAUCACCACAGCGUGGAAAUCUCCCAGCAUCGGGCAACAUUUCUGGCUUCAUUCGAAGACUCUUUCUGCAGUUAAUGCUAGAGGAUGAGAAAGUAAUCAUGUUUCUUCAGUCUCCUUGUCCAUUGUAUAAAGGCAGAAUCAAUGCCACAAGUCACAUCAUUCAACAUCCAAUGUAUGGAGCAGGACACAAAUUCCGUACACUACACUUGCCCAUUUCUACCACAUUGGCAGAGCUUCUGGACCGUGUCUCAGAUACACCUAGUAUUACUGCGAAGUUAAUAAGCGAACAAAAGGAUGACAAAGAGAAGAAAAACCAUGAAGAGAAAGAGAAAGUGAAAGCUGAGAAUGGAUUUCAGGAUAAUUACAGUGUGGUUGUUGCAUCAGGAUUGAAAUCUCAAUCAAAACGAGCGGUAUCCUCUACGCCACCACGUCCACCAUCUAGAAGAGGAAGAAUAUUGGCCGACAAAGUAGGAGGAACCUCAUCAGGUGUGGAUUCUUCAAGCAAGACCAUUAGCAUUCCAGUUUUCCACCUUUACCAUAAGUUGCUGCCAGGUCAACCCUUACCACCUGAAAUGACCCUUGCACAACUACUUACACUGUUAUAUGAAAGAAAGCUUCCUCAGGGUUUUCGUUCAGUCGACCUAACAGUUAAGCUUGGUUCCAAAGUUAUUUCUGAUCCUAGUCUAUCAAAAACUGAUUCUUUCAAGCGUCUUCACACAGAAAAGGAGCAUGGGGAUUUUUUGGGUUCAUGCCCUGAAGAUGAAGUAAUGAGCCCAGGAGACGACUGCAUGGAAUCCAUUUUGGAUGACACUUUACUAGAAACCUGCCCAAUUCAGUCUCCACUGCAAGUUUUUGCAGGGAUGGGUGGGCUGGCCCUCAUCGCUGAGCGACUUCCUAUGCUUUACCCAGAUGUCAUUCAGCAAGUGAGUACUCCUGUUGUACCUUCCACAACACAGGAAAAACCAAAGGACAGCGAUCAGUUUGAAUGGGUUACUAUUGAACAAUCUGGAGAGUUGGUUUAUGAAGCUCCAGAAACUAUUGCUUCAGAGCCUCCCCCAAUCAAGUCUGCUGUGCAAACAAUGUCCCCCAUUCCUGCUCACUCCCUGGCUGCAUUUGGUCUUUUCCUUCGUCUCCCAGGGUAUGCUGAGGUUCUGCUCAAGGAGAGGAAGCAUGCACAGUGCCUACUCCGCCUGGUACUGGGAGUUACAGAUGAUGGAGAAGGAAGUCACAUCUUACAGUCCCCAUCUGCAAAUGUCCUACCGACUCUUCCAUUUCAUGUCUUGCGCACUUUAUUCAGCUCUAUGCCACUCACUACAGAUGAUGGUGUGCUUCUGCGACGCAUGGCACUUGAAAUUGGGGCAUUGCAUCUCAUUCUUGCUUGUUUAUCUGCGUUAAGUCACCAUGCACCCCGGAUUCCCAAUGCUAGCUCUAAUCCUACAGAGGUUUCUACCACUCACAGCAGUGGCACUUGUGAAGAGCAACAGCUUUACUGGGCGAAAGGCACUGGAUUUGGUACUGGAUCUACUGCUUCAGGCUGGGAUGUUGAACAGGCCCUGACAAAGCAAAGGUUGGAAGAGGAACAUGUUACAUGCUUAUUACUGGUUCUUGCUAGCUAUAUAAAUCCAUCUGGAUGUGCAGUCAAUGGUGAAGCACCAGCAAAUGAGAGUCGAGGGCAGAAUAGUAAUGCUCUCCCAUCCGUCUUGCAAGAACUACUAAGUCAAUCAUGCCUCAUCCCAGCCAUGUCCUCAUACCUAAGGAAUGAUUCAGUGUUGGAUAUGGCUAGACAUGUGCCUUUGUAUCGAGCUCUACUGGAGCUGCUUCGAGCCAUCGCUUCAUGUGUAGCACUGGUACCACUGCUGCUUCCACUGUCUGGGGCUAAUGGAGAAGAAGAGGAGGAACAGACAGAGUCACAAGCAUCUGUAGGCACCCUACUGGCAAAAAUGAAAACUUGUGUAGACACAUACACCAACAGAUUAAGAUCGAAGAAAGAUAAGGUCAAAGCUGGUGUGAAAUCGGAUGCUUCUGAUCCUGAGCCAGAAGGACUGACUUUGCUUGUGCCGGAUAUCCAGAAAACUGCAGAGAUAGUUUAUGUUGCUACCACCAGUCUUCGUCAAGCUAAUCAAGAGAAGAAGCUGGCAGAGUUCUCCAAAAAGGUUGCUGUGAAGUCCAAACCUUUUCCGGUCUUGCGAUCCUUGGAAGAGAAGUAUGUGGCUGUUAUGAAAAAGCUCCAGUUUGACACUUUUGAGAUGGUAUCUGAAGAUGAUGAUGGAAAACUGAUGUUUAAAGUCAAUUACCAUUACAUGUCUCAGGUGAAAAAUGCAAGUGAUGCAAACAGUGCUGCACGAGCACGACGUCUCGCACAAGAGGCAGUUACUCUCUCCACAUCGUUGCCUCUCUCCUCUUCAUCCAGUGUCUUUGUCCGGUGUGAUGAAGAAAGACUAGAUAUUAUGAAGGUUUUAAUAACUGGUCCAGCAGACACUCCUUAUGCCAAUGGAUGUUUUGAAUUCGAUGUAUACUUCCCUCAAGAUUAUCCUAAUUCUCCUCCUCUUGUGAAUUUGGAGACAACUGGUGGCCAUAGUGUCCGUUUUAAUCCAAACCUUUACAAUGACGGAAAGGUGUGUUUAAGCAUACUAAACACCUGGCAUGGAAGACCUGAAGAAAAGUGGAAUCCGCAGACAUCAAGUUUUUUGCAGGUAUUGGUGUCCGUUCAGUCCCUUAUUCUUGUGUCUGAGCCCUACUUCAAUGAGCCAGGAUAUGAGAGGUCAAGGGGCACACCAAGUGGCACUCAGAGCUCUAGAGAGUAUGAUGGAAAUAUCAGGCAGGCAACAGUCAAAUGGGCCAUGCUAGAACAAAUUAGAAACUCCUCACCAUGCUUUAAAGAGGUGAUUCAUAAACAUUUUUACUUGAAGAGAGCAGAGAUUAUGGCUCAAUGUGAGGAAUGGAUAGUAGAUAUUCAGCAAUUCAGCAGUGACAAACGGGUUGGAAGGACGAUGUCUCAUCAUGCAGCAGCUCUGAAGCGGCAUACGGCUCAGCUACGAGAAGAGCUCUUAAAGCUCCAGUGCCCUGAAGGCUUGGACCCAGAUGUUGAUGACUCUACAGAAAAAUGCCUUGCCACAGCAAGCUGUGAGGAGACCACACUGCACGAACAGGCCAAACCCAGCAGCAGUAAAGACAACGCCAGUGACUUUAAAUUCUGAGCUGCAGGGGCAUGGACUUUAUUACAAACAGGCUUUGAAGCACAGCCAAAUAUGUCCAUAUUUGUAUGUAAGAAGCUAAUUAUGUAAUAGUUAAUGAAGCUAAAACUAUAUGCCCUUAAGGAUAUACAGUUUAAUUCAUGAUGAUCUUUUACCUGUAAAAGAGUGUAAACUUUUUUUGUGCUUUUAUUUUUUCAGUUGUGAGAACCACUGAUUGGUAUGUUUAGAGAUUGUAAACAAAAAAAUGGCAAAAUCACUGAAAUAAGGGAAAAAGUUCCUUAGGAGAGGAUGUUUACUGAAUGUUUUUUUUUUCCCUUUUUUUACUGCUAGAGAGGGGGUUGUAACAAAGAAUAUAUAUUGGUCAUUCUUAUAACUAUUUAAAGACUGCAAAUUUUCAAUGAAUUUGAUAGAUUUUGGCCAUACUUUCAUUAUCAUUUUUGAUUUCUACAGAAAAUUCCUGCAUUCUUCAAUAAACAUUAAACAGACAUAUGCUCCCUUAUAAAUGAGUACUGGGUACAUUUUUUUCCUUUUUUAAAGAAUAAAUCUACAAGGAAAAGACUUUAGAACUGGAGACUUGUUCUUGUAAGGCUGAAUUUAUCACAGUCUUUGUUUCAUUUGAUGCACAUGAAAUAAACAGACAUGGUUUUACCUUCAGCUCUUGUGCACCUCUAGCUUCAUGCAUCUGUCAAAUUUCUUUGAUUGUGUUGUGAAUGCAUUGCCAGAUCUGUAAAUAAGAGGAAAUAAUUCCUAGAUUUCA